CGCUAGCGACUCGUACAGAUCGCGUACGCUUGUUCAACGCUUACGGAGAUAUUCACUGACGUAUAGAAAUCGACAUUUGAAACGUACCCAUUAUAAUUAUGGGUUGCAUGAACAGUAAAAACCUAGUUCACCCGGUGAACUUUAAUGUGGUGCCACAAAACAGGGAGUCAUGGUUUGAACGGAAGGUGAGGAAACGGGCCAGAAAACUGAAUGCCAGCCUGAGGAAGUGUUUUGGACGACAGUCCAAGGUUGCGGGCUCUGAUGUACCCAGUGUGCCUGCUGCAGAAAAGAACGAAGACGCCCUGUCAGUUCAGAGCGUUACUGGCUCCGAGAUAUCAGACGUCUCUACGCUUAGGCUGACAGAUAGUACUAGUAGCUCGUCGACGUCGUCCUUUGAGUCCGCCACGGAUCUUCCCUUUCCCCCGCCCAAAUUCGAGAUCGACCCGGUUCCACGGGAUGGGAACUGCUUCUUUGAGGCAGUCGCCAGACAACUCGGUAGAGGAGAACCCAGAGUCACCACCACCGCUCAACAGCUACGUGAAGACCUAGUGCGGUAUAUCAGGGCUCACUCUGAGAUGUUUGCCAAAGCUGUCCCGGGCGGUUUCUGGGAGUUCAUACACGAGCUCAAUAACAUGUCGCGGCGGGGCCACUGGAACUCCGACGUGGCAGACAUCCUGCCGAUCGCUUUGAAGGACUACACCUCGAGAAUAGUCGUCCUGAUCACCUGGAAUCGGGAAACGCCGUACAUCGUCCUGCGGCCACAGAGCGAGGAGGCAGGCACUCCCCUGUACCUGGCGUACUACAAUACCCCGGAGUGCAAGCAUUAUGAUGCCGUCAAGUUCGUGGGAGGCUGA